GUCACAGAACAACAAAGAUGGCUGGGAUAGGAAGCAGCAACUACUGGGAAGAUCUGCGAAAGCAGGCCCGACAGUUGGAGAAUGAACUUGACCUGAAACUGGUCUCAUUCAGUAAAUUGUGCACCAGCUACAGCGGCUCCAGGGACGGGCGUCGAGGAGAAACGUCGGACACUACGCCACUGCUGAACAACUCUACGCAGGACAGGAUGUUUGACACCAUGUCAGUGGAGAUCGAGCAGCUGCUGGCCAAACUUACUGCAGUUAAUGACAAGAUGGCGGAGUACACCAACACCCCGGGCACAGCGUCUCACAAUGCCGCUCUCAUGCACACACUUCAGAGACACAGAGACAUCCUACAGGAUUACACGCAUGAAUUCCACAAAACCAAAGGCAACUUCCUGGCCAUUCGGGAAAGGGAAGAUCUGCUCGGAUCUGUCAGAAAAGACAUUGAGACGUAUAAGAGUGGCUCCGGGGUCAACAACAGAAGAACAGAGCUGUUUCUCAAAGAGCACGAACAUCUGAGAAACUCGGACCGACUGAUGGAUGACACAAUAAGCAUUGCUAUGGCGACCAAGGAGAACAUGACCUCCCAAAGGGGCAUGCUGAAAUCCAUCCAGAGCAGGGUCAACACACUGGCCAACCGUUUCCCAACCAUCAACAAUCUGAUCCAGCGGAUCAACCUGCGGAAGCGACGGGACUCUCUCAUCCUCGGCACUGUGAUCGGUGUCUGCACCAUCCUUCUGCUGCUCUACGCCUUUCACUGAACCCCGCGGCUGGUCGCAUCAGUCCAGAAGAAUUGACGGGCUCUUUGUAGCAAGGGGACUCCCUCCCCCGCCCCCCUGCCCCCCCCCGGAGACCGAGCUCUCAGUGGUUAAAGGACAGAAGGACAUUCAGUUGGUCCAGUUCUGGGACAGGAACGCAUUCGGCCUGUAUUUAGGAGGACAGAUUGAGAGCUGGAUGUUCUUCUGCCAGCAAGAGAAUGAAGACCAAAAUGACUAGAUUAAAAAAAGAAGCUUUGUCAGGUUAAAUGAUCGAAGAGGCUGAGACUGUGAUUCAUUUUUUUUCCUCUUUUUUUUCUACAGGUGAAAGAAGUUUUAGUUCAUUGGUUGUUUUUAAUUAAUGGAGUGGGACCGAUCUUUCAUUGUGGGCUGUAUAAUGUGAAUUAAUAAAUUAUUCAUAUCAGUAUGUACAAAAGAGGUGUGUGAUACUAAAUAUGACUUUUAUCUCUAAUAAAAAUUGAAACAAGGCAGUGA